GCUCAGAUAACGUCCUGCCAGCUGUUGGUGUUACAUUUGUUUGAAAUCAAACGGCAACCGUGGCCCGUUGGUUGUCGAGUUCGUGCGAUUACCUCGUGAUCUCGGUCAUGCAGAGGUGGCUAUAAAACGCUCGGGGACAUCGACGUUUCGUCGCGGCACGUGGAGAGACCGGGACGGGCGCGCGCACGCAUUUAUCGACAUAGCGGAAUUUUUUCUUCACCCGGUGUUUCGUCCUGACGGCGGAGGAGGCCUUAGUCCUUAACGCACGCAUACACACGCGCGACGUAUCGUUCCAAUUCCUUACGCGCGGGAGGCAUAUCGUCGCGAGCCACGACGAUAAUGGAUAUCAGGAUACCAGGACACCAGGAUGACCAGGAGAACCGUAUUGAUUUGCGUAGCCGCGGCAAGGAGAACCUCUCCGUCACUGCUGCCGCUGCCGCCGCCGCCACCGCGAGCAUGCAAAUACAAGUGCUGCAACAAACGAAACGCGCCGUCCUUGGUGUACUGAAUAACAACAACUGUCCACGGAACGUGACGAAGCCCCAGGAAUUCUAUAAAGAUGAGAAGUAUAUCAAAGCGCCACCUGCAUUUUUAUCUACGUUAACUACUGAGCCUUUAAAACUUCAUGAAGAUGCAUUUUAUAAAAAGGAAGGACCCUUUAAGAUUUACGAGGACAAAUUGGAAGAGGAGACAUCUGUUGCACUUAGGAAUACAAAGGAGGAAGCAAAAUCUUCCCAAGAAACAGUGGCCAAGUCUGAUGUCAGGGAACAGCCAAGAUUAGAAAUACGUGCAACCAGUUCCACUUAUGUAUUUUGUAGUAAGAUCGAAGAAAUUUGUCCAAAGCAGGAUGAUGACUUAUCAAAAGAUAGUCCCAUGUCUGUGGGAAUGUCAUUGGAAAAGUCACUUACAUGUAGUAGUUCUUCCAACAAGGAGUAUAGAACUAGAAGGGAAAAUAUUAAAGAAAUGAGAAGUUUCUUUGAUGUAGAUGAAUAUCGAGCCGACAUAUAUAAUUACUUACGAAAAUCAGAAACAUUACAUAGACCAAAGCCUGGUUACAUGAAGAAACAACCUGAUAUUACGUAUUCAAUGAGAUCUAUAUUGAUAGAUUGGCUCGUGGAAGUAGCCGAAGAGUAUCGAUUGCAAGACGAGACUCUUUACUUGGCUGUUUCAUAUAUAGAUCGCUUCUUAUCAUACAUGAGUGUUGUAAGAACAAAGUUACAACUUGUUGGGACAGCCGCUAUGUUUAUUGCGGCGAAAUAUGAAGAGAUUUAUCCGCCCGAUGUAGGAGAAUUUGUAUAUAUCACAGAUGAUACGUAUUCGAAGACACAAGUGAUAAAAAUGGAAAAUUUGAUAUUGAGGGUUUUAUCGUUUGAUCUAACUGUUCCGACGCAUCUAACAUUUCUUAUGGAAUAUUGCAUCAACAACAACUUGUCAGACAAAAUUAGAUUUUUGGCCAUGUAUUUGUGCGAGUUAUCGAUGCUCGAAGGAGAUCCAUAUUUACAAUAUUUACCCAGCCAUUUGGCGGCAUCCGCAAUAGCAUUAGCGCGACAUACGUUACAGGAGGAAAUCUGGCCACAUGAAUUGCAACUGUCGACUGGAUAUGAUUUUAAAACUCUUAAGGAAUGUAUCGCGUAUUUAAACAGAACCUUCUGCAAUGCUCCUAACAUCGAACAAACAGCAAUAUUGGAGAAAUAUAGAAGCAGCAAAUACGGUCAUGUAUCUAUGCUGUUGCCUCGUAGUACCGAGGCGGUAUCAUGCGAGGACGAAGAUGAAGAAGAAAGCGCUUAGUAAAAAAUAUUGUCAGACGGACACAGAAUUAAAAUAAUUUUGUUUCUGUGUUUAAAUUGGUAAUUGAAUAACAAACCUCCCAUGAUAACCCUAUCUAUGUUGAAAAUGAAGGAGGGGAUCAGGAUGACUGACCUACCAUUUCUACAAAGUGGAAGGAAAAAGCGUACGGUUUAUUUGUUUCUAUUAGCUUGUUUCGGUUUGGUUGGUACAUUUUGCAAGCAAAAUGAUACUUGGCUCCCCUACCUUCGUUACACAUUAUCUUAUAUCGGUGUCUUCUGACUUUCUCGAGUCAUGGCCAAACGAAAUUUUUAAUAAUUUAAAGUUCCAUUAUAUAUCAAUACGUGAAAUUCUAGACAGAGAUAAUACAUUAUUUAGAACUUGUAUUUUUAUAAGUACUUUUUUUAGAGGAUUGUUAAAACAACGAACGUGUUGCUGUUGCAAUAUAUGCAAACAGCCAAAAAUUCGAUUGCAAGUAAACCACCUCAAUAAUAAUGAGAAUCGUAAGCAAAGCGAUUUUGUAUUUAUUAUUAUCGUUUUACCGUUAGGUGCGCAGCAAUUAACGAUAUAUAUUUCAGAUGAUAUUUUCGCGAAAUUCACUUGCAAUUUAUUAUUUCGAUCAAUUUUUUCAGUCCUUGUACAGUUAUUUAUUUACAACAUUUUAGGUACCAUAAUUAAUAUCAAAUGCGUAAUUUGUUUUAUUAGAAAAGUAAGGUAUCUUUAUAUAUAUAUAUAUAUAUAUAAAUAGAUAUAUAUCUGUAUUGCAUUAUACACAAGAGCAUUUAGAUUGCGCUGUGCAAGAUUACAUCGUCAAUUAUCUUUUGACAUGAAUCAUUUCAAAAUUUCUCUACCAAGAACAUACGUGCUAUUUUUCCACAUUCAUCCAAUUCAUUCAUUCAUAAUGCAUGAAUAUAAUCGUAUACUUGCAGUAAUCAAUUUUCGUUUUUCGAUUGCAUUGACAUACAAUAUUGCACAGUACAAUUGCUGCAUUUUAAUAUAACACAAAAUACCUAGGUGUUCAUCAAAUCUGCAUGAGUAUAUUCAUAUGAAUUUAAAUACAGAUAUAAAAAAUGUUAUGGAAUCAUAUCGUUACACAUGAAUACAUAUUCAAUUCUACGUUAAUUGUAAAUUAUAUGGUUUUGCUCCACAGUUUAAUAUAGUUGACAUGGCACGAAACUAGAAUUUCUCGAAGAUUACUUGAUGAAAUUUAAGUGCCUUCUGAAAUACACAGGAUAUUGAGAGACACGGAAUAAAAUUUGCUGCAGAUUUCACGUAUACAUUUACACAUCCAUACGCAUAUAAACAAUUAAAAAUAAUAAAAACAUUUUAAAAUUUUGUUGGAUACGUUCCGUAAGGAUGAAACUAAAUUUCAAAAAGCAGUCUUUCGAAAAAAAAACCCUGGUUUUAAACCAAGAUUUUAUCUAUGAAACAAUCUUUUCUUCAGCAAUAUUUAAAAAUUAAAAACGCGAAUGUUUAUUAGUAUUUUCACAUAUGACAUAAUGCGUUUUUCUAUAUCACAUUGUUAUAAAAUAUUUGGAGCUAUUUCGACGUAACGCAAAAUCGUUGUAUGAAAAACGUUUCUGUAAUGAAUUUAUAGAUGAAAAGCAUGACUAAUAUAACAAUUGUAAAUAAUACCAAAAAAAUGUUCUCUUUACGGAGGUUUUGGAAGAAUACUUUAUGAAGGAAUAAAGAGGAAGAAUGAAACAGA